AUGGCUGUCCCUCAAGUAACGGAUAAAUAUAGUCUCCCGGAAGCUCGUCACCAAGAGAUAGCUGAUGGAGAUGCGGGAGUUCCUACCAUCACCGACCAUGGGGUUGUUCCAGGCCCAAUACGGCACUUGAGCCCUGAAGUGAACAAAAGAGUACUUCGUCGUAUUGAUCUGGUUCUGAUGCCGAUCAUGUUCAUCUCCUAUGGCCUCCAGUAUAUGGACAAGGCAAUCCUGGGAGCGGCAUCUCAGUUUGGGGUGGUUGAGGAGGUUGGCUUGUAUGAUGUUGUAAUGGCCAACGGGAAACCACAAAUUGACCUUACGAAGUUUUCUUUGGCCACCCUUAUAUUCUACUGGGGGUUUGCCGCAGGGGCGUUCCCAGCAUCUUUCCUCUCGAGCCGGUUUCCCAUCGGAAUAUUUUGCGGGGCAUCUGUUUUCGUAUGGGGUCUUGUCACAAUGGCUGCUGCGUUGGUUCACUCAUAUUCGGGCAUGAUGGCUCUACGAUUCUUUCUUGGUUUCAUCGAAGCCGCUAUCCCAGCAGCGUUCUCCCUCAUUAUUGCGAUGUGGUACACGCCAGACGAACAGCCUCUCCGAUUUGCCAUCUGGGUAUCUGCAAGCGGUAUCGGCGGGGUACUUGGUACUGUCCUCCUUUGGGGGGUUGGCCAUAUUAACGGCUCACUCAGCCCUUGGAAGUAUCAAUUUAUCGUUCUCGGAGCUAUUACUUCUGCCUGGGGAAUCUUUCUCGCUGCUGCGAUGCCGAGAUCUCCUGCCUCUGCUUAUUUCUUGUCUGAGAAAGAUAGGACUUUGGCAGUGGACAGGAUCCGCGCCUGUCAAACAGCAGCAAAGGAUGAGGGCUUCAAGCUUCACCAGGUCAAAGAGGCUUUCCAGGAUCCCAAGACAUGGGCUUACAUCUUCGUCACCUUCAGCUGCCAACUGGCAAAUGGUGCUGUAUCAGGAUUUGGCCCUAUCAUCAUCAGUUCGUUUGGAUUCGGCCCGCUGCAGUCAGUUCUAAUUGCAGGCUCCUUGGGUGGUACCUUAUUCCUGUCAAUGGUGGCAGCCGGACUCAUAACAUCCUUUGUCCCCAAUCAGAAAUGCAAUGUUGCGUUUGCUACUUGCUUGCCAAUCAUUAUCGGGUGCGCCAUCGUUUGGAAGGCGUCGUGGAAGUCUCUUGGAGUACCCCUUUUUGGCUUCCUCCUUGUGGGAUUUUUUGCUACUCCCUACGUGAUGAUUCUUUCCCUAGUCACCGCAAACACGGCAGGCCAGACGAAGAAGGUUGUCGUAACUGGGUUGGUCUGGUUUGCAUAUUGUGUUAGCAAUGGUGUUGCUCCGCUUCUUGUCAGGUCUACAGAGCAAGCGCAGCACUACCCUUCGCUCUUUAUCCCCAUUCUCUCUCUCCUCAGCGCUGGACUACUUGUUAUUGUUGCACUUAGAUGGUACUUGAGUGCUUGCAAUAAGUUCAGGGAAGCAAACGCUCUUUCUAAUGUGGGGAUCACUCAAUCUCCUGAUGAGACGGCGUCUUUAGAUUUGACGGACAAAGAAAACCCGAACUUCCGUUAUCAUCUCUGA